GCGCGGCGCCGCGUUUCCCGGAACGGAAAGACCGCGUUUGAACGCGGACCGCGCGCAGGAGGGGAAGGCGGAAGUGGCGGGGCCGCCAUGGCGGCGCCCGGAGCGCCGGCUGCCGCUCCCCUCACGGUGCUGAUGGCGGCUCGCGCCGAGCUGGCAGCGCCCUGCCGCCUCCUUCCUUCCGCCGCAGCGGCCGCCGCGCUCCGCCUGCAGCUCAGCGUGCAACCGGGAACCGACGGGCGGCGGCGCUUCCGCCUCGGGCUGCGGCUGGCGGAGGCGGGGGGCGGCGCGCCCCUGGCCGAGUUCGACCUGCGGGACGUUUCCUAUCGCGUGUGCGGCCCCACGAGCCACGAGCUGCAGCUGCCAGCGCCGGGAUCGGGGACAGAGGGGACACAGGGGACAGCAGAGGGGACGCAGGGGACAGAGGGGACAGCAGGGAUGGUGGCACUGAGGUUCCCCGAGGAGCGAGAGGCGCAGCAGUGGUGGACAGUGCUGAGCAGCUCCCUGAGGGAGGCACGGAGAGCCCCCGAGGGUGACACGGGCACGGCGCCGGUGCCGCCCCCCGAGGAGCCCGAGCAGGACACGGAGCAGGAGCGGGAGCUGGAGCUGGAGCUGGCACAGACAGAGGAGCUGGCAGUGUCCCUGUCCCGGGCCAUCUCGCGGGGUGACACGGUGGCUGCAGCGCAGAGCGCGGUGGCGCUGGCCCGGCGCCACGCGGAGCUGAGCGUGACCCUGAGGGACAGCGAGCCCGGAGCUGAGAUCAGUUUGCAGGUGGGGGUGGAGGACGCCACCUCCUCGUGCAGCAUCACCCUGCGGGUGCGGCCUCAGCUCAGCAUCGGCGCCCUCAAGGAGCAGGUGUUCCGCGAGUACGGGUUCCACCCUCUGGCGCAGCGCUGGAUCAUCGGGCAGAGCCUGUGCCAGGACGGGCGGAGCCUGCGGAGCUACGGGAUCCGGCGGGACGGGGACGGGGCGUUCCUGUUCCUGCUGUCAGUCAGGGCGGCGGGGCUGGGCCCCGAGCAGUACCGGCGGCUGCAGGCGCGGUCCCUGCUGCGGGCUGUGGGGCUGGAUGGGCACAGCACACCUGGCACAGGCAGUGUCCCCGAGCCCCCGGAGCGGAUGGACGUUGGGGACAUCGGGGAAUUUGGGGACGUUGGGGACAUCGGGGAGCACCUGGACUCGCUGCAGCUCUGGGACAGCGCUGGGGCCCCGCCCACGGCCCCUGAGCCCCGCCCAGCCUCACCUGAGCAGUCGGGCUGGCCCUGUCCCCUGUGCACGUUCCUGAACAAGCCCACCCGCCCGGGCUGUGAGAUGUGCAGCUCCCCCCGGCCCGAGGGGUACCGGGUACCCGGGGGGCACCGCCCCGACCCCGCCGAGCUGCAGCGGCUGCAGAGGGAGCAGGACGGGGCCCGGCAGUGCCAGCAGGCGCUGGAGGCGGAGCGGCAGCGGAACUUCCAGCAGCUGCUGCGCGCGGAGGAGGCGGAGCUGGUUCCGAACCCGGAGCCGCUCGAGUGCGGGAUCUGCCUGCAGGGAGUGCCCGCGGGCCGGGGGGUUCUGCUGCGGGACUGCCUGCACAGCUUCUGCCGGGAGUGUCUCCGCCAGGUGAUCACGUUCAGCGAGGAGCCGGUGGUGGCCUGUCCCUUCCGUGACGUCACCUACGCGUGUGGCAGCCACCUGCAGGAGCGCGAGAUCCGCGCGCUGCUGUCCCCCGAGGAGCACGCGCGGUUCCUGGCCCGGGGCCUCGCCCUCGCCGAGCGCCGCAGCCGGGACAGUUUCCACUGCCGGGGCCGGGACUGCCCGGGCUGGUGCUUCAUCGAGGACGCGCUCAACGAGUUCCGGUGCCCGGUGUGCGGGGCGCUCAACUGCCUGCUCUGCAAGGCCAUCCACGAGGGGCAGAACUGCCGCCAGUACCAGGACGAGCUGCAGCAGCGGGCGCUGAACGACGCGGCGGCGCGGCAGACUCGGGACAUGCUGCAGACGCUGGUGCAGCGGGGGGAGGCCAUGCACUGCCCCACCUGCCGCAUCGUGCUGCAGAAGAAGGACGGGUGCGACUGGAUCCGCUGCAGCGUGUGCCAGACCGAGAUCUGCUGGGUCACCAAGGGGCCCCGCUGGGGGCCGGGGGGCCCCGGUGACACCAGCGGUGGCUGUCGCUGCAACGUCAACGGGCAGAGGUGCCACCCCCAGUGCCAGAACUGCCACUGACCCUGGGACACCCUGGGACACCCUGGGGACACCCUGGGGACAUCCCCAGUGCCAGAACUGCCACUGACCCUGGGACACCCCUGGGGACACCCUGGGGACAUCCCUGGGGACAUCCUGGGGACAUCCCCAGUGCCAGAACUGCCACUGACCCUGGGACACCCGGGGACACCUUGGGGACACCCUGGGGACACUGAGGGACUGAUGGAGCCACAGCCGGGCUGGAGACGCCGAGGGCACCGAGAGGAGCCACAGCCAGAGGGGACAGAUGGACACAGGGACAGAGCCCAGGAUGGACACAGGGACAGAGCCAUGGAUGGACAGAUGGACAGAGGAUGGACUCAGGGACACAGGAGCACAGCCCAUGGAUGGACAGAUGGACAGAGCCCAGGAUGGACACUGGGACAGAGCCAUGGAUGGACCCUGGACGGCCUCGGGGGGCCCUGGGGGGACAAUAAAGGCACCGAGUGUCA